AUGCAACCCCAACAGAGUUCAAGAAUUGAUUUGGGUGAGUUGAAAGCACAUAUUGUAAAGAAGGUUGGACCGGAUAAGUCGAAGCGGUACUUUUAUUACCUUAACAGGUUUUUAAGUCAGAAGUUGAGCAAGAAUGAGUUUGAUAAGUUAUGUUUUCGGGUACUCGGGAGGGAGAAUCUUCCGUUGCACAAUCUUUUUAUAAAGUCAAUUUUGAAGAAUGCCUGUGAAGCCAAGACCCCGCCAUCCGUCCAUCCAUCUGGUUCUUCAAAAUCAGGAACACGUGUUACUAAUUUGUCUCCUGGUAGAGAAGAUGGACACGAACAAAGUGUCGCUAACUUCCAAAACCAUAAUGCUUCCAUUUGGCCAAAUGGGGUUUUGCCCGUGUCCCCACGCAAGUUACGAUCUGGAAUGCGUGAUCGGAAGCUUAAAGACAGACCAAGCCCCCUUGGACCAAAUGGGAAAAUUGAUUCUGUUUCGCAUCACUUCAUGGCUACAGAAGACGGUGAUGGUAAGGUUGACAUGGAGAACGGAACUCUUACUCUCUGUGAUUAUCAGCGGCCAACACAGCAGCUUCAAGCAGCUGCUGAGCUACCUAAGAAUGUUAUUGCUGAUGGUAUGCAACGACUUGCAAAGAAACCAAGAAUACAUGGCAAAGGGCUGACUGAAAUGUCAACCGCGGAAGAUGGAAUGGAGGCGGAGCAGUUAAACCGCCUCAAUUUUGCCAGAAAUCCGUUGAUAGCGCCACUUGGGAUUCCUUACUGUUCUGCAAGUGUGGGUGGGGCCCACAAAGCAUUGCCGGUGAAUAGCGCUGGUGAUUUUGUUAGUUGUUGCGACAGUGGUAGGUUAUCUGAUCCAGAUACGUUGAGAAGGCGCAUGGAGCAGAUUGCAAUGGUACAAGGUCUUGGAGGUGUUUCUACGGAAUGUGCAAGUAUGUUGAAUAGUGUGUUGGAUGUGUACUUGAAACGAUUGAUCAAAUCAUGUGUUGAUUUAGUUGGGGCUAGAUCUGCAAAUGAGCCGUCGAAGCUCCCAAUCCCAAAGAAACAGAUUCAGGGGAAGGUCCUCAAUGGCAUGAUGCCACAUAAUCAUUUACAUGUGCAGAAUGCUGGUAGGUUAGCAGAAUCUGAACCUGAACACAGACCCCAGUUCUCGGUAUCUUUACAAGACUUUAAAGUUGCGAUGGAGCUAAAUCCGCAGCAACUUGGAGAAGAUUGGCCACUACAAUUGGAGAAAAUUUCUAUGCAAUCUUUUGAGGAAUAA